ACAAGACCAGCCACGGAUGGGGGUACUCCGAUCCACACGAUGAUCAGCACGCACCGGCAGAGAUUACAGUCGAACAGAUCCACCUACCCCCCGUUCCCGCGCUGCCUAUUUAUAAUGCUCUCCCGCCGUCGUCACGAGGGCAGUGUCUGCGCGCGCUAGCUAGGCAACACUGCACACUCGUUCCCUGCCGGUGCCGGUAGAUCCCUGACAUCAACCGAUCAACGCCAUCCAUCUUAUCUGUCGGAGUUGGGGAAGACGACUAGUACAGUAGCUAACUCUAGCAAAUCGACUCGGCAUAUACAAUGGAGGUGAAAGUGGUGAGCUCGAAGCUGGUGAAGCCGCGGUACCCGCGGGGCGCGGCGCGGCCGGACACGAGCGAGCACGUGCCGUCGUCGGUGUUCGACGCGGCCACGUACCACAUCCAGAUGGCCAUCAUCUACGCCUUCUCGGCGCCGGCGCCCUCCACGGCGGACAUCGAGCGGGGCCUCGCGGACGUUCUGGCCGCGUACCGCCUCUUCGCCGGGCAGGUCGGACGCGGCGGCCCGGAGGGGUCCCCGGGCGUCCUCCUCAACGACCACGGCGCGCGGCUCGUGGAGGCGCGCGUCGAGGGCGCGAGGCUCGUGGACGUCGCGCCGGCGAAGCCCACCCCGGAGAUCCUGAAGCUUCACCCGGACCUUGACGGGGAGAUCGAGGAGGUGGUGCAGGUGCAGCUCACGCGGUUCGCGUGCGGCUCGCUCGCCGUGGGCUUCACCGCCAACCACGCCGUCGCCGACGGCCACGCCACCAGCGACUUCCUCGCCGCGUGGGGCCGCGCCACCAGAGGGCUCCCCAUCUUCCAGCAGCCGCCCGUGCACCACCACAAGGAGCUCUUCAAGCCGCGGCUCUCGCCACGCGUCGAGUUCGAGCACCGAGGCGUGGAGUAUUACCGGCCAGUACUGCCGUCGGCGACGGACGAGAAACAACACCACGGCGGGGCAAACAACAACGGCGUGGUGAUCCACAAGACGCAUUUCACCAAGGACUUCAUCGCGGGGCUCCGGGCAAGGGCGUCCGAGGGCCGGGGCCGGCCGUUCAGCCGGUUCGAGACCACCCUGGCCCACCUGUGGCGCGCCAUGACGCGGGCCCGGGGGCUCGGCCCCUACGAGACAUCCACGAUCCGCGUCUCCGUGGACGGGCGGCGCCGCCUCGACGAAGCCCCCGCGGGCUACUUCGGCAACCUUGUGCUCUGGGCCUUCCCGCGGGCCACGGCGGGCGACCUCCUGAACCGGCCCCUGAAGCACGCGGCCCAGACGAUCCACGACGCGGUGGCGCGUGUGGACGAAGCCUACUUCCGGUCGUUCGUCGACUUCGCGGCGGGCUCCGGCGCCGUGGAGCGGGAAGGGCUGGAGAAGACGGCCGUGCUCAAGGACGUGCUGUGCCCUGACCUGGAAGUGGAUAGCUGGCUCACGUUCCCGUUCUACGAGCUGGACUUCGGGACGGGGAGCCCCAGCUACUUCAUGCCCUCCUAUUUCCCCACGGAAGGGAUGCUAUUCCUCGUGCCGUCUUACCUAGGGGACGGCAGCGUCGAUGCCUUCGUGCCGGUGUUCGAGCAUAACCUCGAGGCCUUCAAGCAGUGCUGUUACUCCAUGGAGUAAUUUUCUAAGCUACUAGAGCGAGCUAGAGGAAAUAAUUAGACCGGCAAAGUUAAGCUUGAUCAUAUCUAUCUCUUGCUUGCUUGCUUGCAUGCAUGCAACUUGCAAUGAUGCAAGUAUAUAUUGUUAUCUCCAUCUAUCGACCAUAUAUAGUACUGUAACUGUAUCCAUUUUUAUGCAUGGUGGUGUACAUGUGCUUUUGUGAGCUCUUCUAUGAUACCCCGUAAUCAAUAUAAGCCGUCCGUUUAACAA